AUGGAAGAACAUUUAGAUGAAAUAAAGCAAUUCAAAGAACAGAUAAUUGGCUUUUUGAAUGAUAGACAAUUAGAUCAUUCAUUAUUAAUUGGUGUAAACUCUCAAAUUCAGAGUAAAUUUAGUCAAUGGAUUUUAUCAAGUUUCAAUGUUGAUUAUUUAAAUUCAUUAUGGACUAAUAUUCAUUAUCCUAUUUUAAAAUAUUUUCAAAAAUUACAUUUUAACCAUUAUGAAUUGGUUAAUUUUGAAUAUAAACGUCUUUUAUAUUUGCAUAAUACAACAGAUUUUAGAGUUAAAGCAGUUGAAUUAAGAAAAUUAUAUGAUAAUUAUUUGAGAUUUUCAAAACAACUUCAAAAAUUUUAUUUAAAUCUAUUAAAACAAUUUGCUUCAUUUAAAAAUGAGUUAUUGCCUGAAAACUUUUUAAAUUAUUUUGAAAUUAAACAAGAUAAACAAGGAGACGUAAGUUUGCUUUUAAUUUUCAAAUGUUGUUUAUCACUUGGUGAUAUUGAAAGAAAUCAAAAGAUUAUUGAAACUCAAUAUUAUUUACCAUGUUUAUCAAAUAAAAAUUUCUUUAAUUAUAGAAAUACCCAAGAAAAGAAUAAAAAAGCUAAACCUUACUUUACAAAAGCUUUUGAAUAUUAUCAAUUAUGCAUUUUAUUAUUACCUGGUUUAAACGAUCCUUAUAAUCAUAUCGGUGUUAUUUAUAAUUUACUUGAAGAUAAAUUUAAUGCAUUAUAUUAUUUUGUUAGAUCACAAUUUGCAAGAGUUGAAAGUAAGUUGAACAAUUUAAGUGCGUUGAUGAAGAAGCAUUACUUUACAACGAUGCUUGUAGAUCUUGAUAAAUUUACAGAAUCCGAUAAAUUAAACAUUUGUUUAGUAAAUUUAAUUGGUUACUUUUAUCAUCCUGAAAGGUACAAGUGUGGUAAAUGUAUUGUUAAAGAUAUUACAUUUAAAGAUAUUGAGUCUAAAUUGAUUAAAAAUUUGCAUAAAUUAGAUGAUGAAACAAUGUUGAAACAAUUGACAAUUUUAUUUGGUUUUUCAAAACUAAUAGAAAAUAGUAAAUAUAAAAUCUUUUUACUAAAGUAUAUUGAAAGAAUUGAUUUUAAAAAAUUAAAACUGAUAAGAUUCUUAUUAAAUGUAUUUAAUGAAAAUAUAGAUGAUAAGAAAGUAUUUAUUCAAAAAUUGAUUAAAAUGAGUAAUGAAUUUGGAAUCCAUGAACAACCAAAACGACAUUAUAAUUUUUCAGAAGAUGUGGAAUUUAGAGACUGUUCUAUCAUUGAAUUUAAAGAUUUUGAUGAUGAUUUUGAUGAUAUUAAUUUGAUUAUUGGAGAUUGUGAAAAAGUUGAUGAAGACGUUUUGAGAAAACAAGCAAUUGGUUAUACUUUAAAUGAAAUUUUAUCAAGAACUGAUUUUGCUAAAUUGGUGAAUGGUAAAUACGUGUAUGAUAAAGAAUUGAAGAAACAAGUUAAAACAAAGAAAACAGAAGUUAAAAAGAAAGGAUUAGACGAAGAAUUUUAUUCACAAAUUGUUCCUGAUGAACCAAUCAAAGUUUCAACGGAAGUUAAAUCAAAUGAUGUUGUUGUUCCUCAAUCAUUGGAAGAAAUUGAAGAAUUCAUUUCAAAACAAGCUGAAGAAGUAAAGAAUAAAUUGGAUCUUGAACUAAAAUAUCUUGAAGAAUCAGAACCUUCACAUUUUGAUGCAGCAAUUGAAGAAUUACCUCCAAGACAGAAUAUAUGGUCUACUCCACAACCAGCAUAUCCGCCUCAAUUCAUGCAACAACCUCCAAUACCAACACCAUUUGCACAACAAUUUCAUCAAUAUCAACCACCAUUCCAACCUUUCAAUCCAUUCAAUCAACCUUCAAAUCAAUAUCCACAGUAUCAACAUCCUUUCUUUCCAUUCAUGCAACAACCACAACAGCCACAACAAUCACCAAAACAAUCAGAUACAAACCUUCAUUAA